AUGUGAGUCUGAGAGUGAGAGUGGAAGAAGGGGGAGAAUGGACAGAGAUUGUGUCAGAAAUAGAGGAAGAAAUUAAAUAAAGAGAAACUAGCAUCCAGUGUAUCUUGGACAUGGAUUAAGGACAUGACAGACUGAAAGCAAGAUCUAUAUAUAUCUUGGAGGAGGGCCUUGUCAAGCAGUCUGAAAACAACGCCUGAGACGAACUUUGACCCUAAGGAUCUUGGCCUGCGGGGACGGAAGAGGGAGACGCAGUGAAGAAGUGACAGCCAGUCUUCAUGUGUUUAUGUCCUAUUCCCCUUGUCUGAAAGGGUUAGGAGGGUGAUUGUGGAUACUGAGGACAUGGUGUAACACACUGGACAAGAUGACUCAGAACAUGUUCCAGGAAGGGCUGUACCAUGUGUUCUUUAAGGAAAAAACCCCGGCCCGCAUGGGCCACCCUGUUACUGUGACCACCAACCAGGAGCCAUUGAGGGAUGUCCGGAUUGGCCGCUGGUUUGGGACGGUUGUUAACACCCGCCUACUGAUAAUUGGGGUGAUGCAGGUCUUUGGUGCUAUGGCUACCAUCCUCACCACGGUAACCUAUGCCUGUGUUAGGUUCAGCUGCUCUGUUACCAUGAUGACACCGAUCUGGUCGGGUCUGUUUUAUGUGGCCACUGGGGGGCUGACAAUAGAAGUGCAGAGAAAACCAAAUAAACUCAAGGUAAUUACAAUGAUUGGCCUGAACAUCUUGAGUCUUCUGAUGGGGACCUGUACCCUACUGGCCUUCAGCCUUAUCGCGAAAAAGCCCAGAGCUCUGACAGACCAGCAGCGCACUGGUUCGAAUGUGGCAAAGGGCAGUUCUAUAGCCUUCACAGUGCAGUGCCUGGUGGCAUCAGUGUACACACUGUUCCUGUCCUGGAGAGGCCUGCGCCGCUACGGAGGUCCCACCAGCCAGGCCUACAGCCGCCUCUCUCAGGCAAGUAAGCGCACAUGGAUCGACCACACAUGAACUUCAGCACAUGCAGGCGAACAGGAGAGGGUGAAGCACGUCAGUAAAUAUUUCAAUAUAACAAACAAAAAUGUGUAAAAAAUUAAAGAUAUUCGCCUCACCUACAUGUAGGUAGGAUCCGGCACAGUGUCCACUCCUGCAAACACACUCAUCUACAAAUGCUGACCACCAUUGUUCACUAGACAUUUUCACUAGACAUAAACAGCCAACUGUUUUCACAGGAGUCAGAUGACCAAACAGAAUCCAUGCUGGAUUCAAGAGAAUACAACCUUUGAUGACUACAUACUACAUGACUGGAUGUGUGUGUGUGUGUGUGUGUGUUUGUUUCAUUGAUAACAAAGCAUGCUGUAAAGGACACAUUGCAAUAAACAACUACAAUCGCA